CCCGGAGCCGCCGCGCCAUCGCCCGGAGCCGCCGCAGCCGCCGGAGCCGCCGGGCCGGGCGCGGGCCCGCAGCCGCCGCCUUUGAGACAACCUCUGCGGCGGCGGCCGGCCGCCAGGCUGGGGCAGCUCGGGCCUGCUCCGGGCCUCCUCCCCGCUCCCGCCACCGCCGAGCCUGCGGCCCGGGCCCGCCCGCAGCCAGGCCUCCGGCUACCUGCCUUCCCUGGGCGCCCUGCCCUGGAGCCAUGGGGCCCACCUAGCCCCCGCCUGCCCGGACGGCCCGGCCCGGGCACUGCUGACCUCGGCCGCACGGAGAGCCCGCCCCAAAGCCCCUCGCCGGCCCCCGCAGCCCGAGACCCUGGGUGAGGCCCUGGGCCGGACCUGCAGCCCCAGGCAGCCUCCCGCCCCCCUCUGCCCGCCCUGCCUGCCUCCCGCCCCCCCACCCCUUCCUCCUCCUCCUCCUCCUCCUCCUCGGACUGGACCAGAGAAGCCGCUGUGGCCACCGGGAGGGGCCCUGCCCCCCCAGCUCUCGCCAGUCGCCCCCAAGAGUCCUCGGGGAGGCUGGGGUCCCCACCAGGCCUGGCGGGACCAGGAUGCUGCCCCUGCUCCUCCCCCCCGGCCCCACCCAACGCCCCCUCCCACCCUAACACCCUGUCUGACCGGAGACAGCCGGAUGCCGGCUGACCCCGGGCCCGAGGCGGGCAGCGGCCGGCCGGGCCUCCUCAUGUCCUGCCUGAAGGGCCCCCAUGUCAUCCUCAAGAUGGAGGCCAUGAAGAUCGUCCACCCCGAGAAGUUCCCCGAGCUGCAGGCGGCCGCCCCCUGCUUCCCACCCGCGCCCCGGCCCACCCCAGCUCUGGCUCCCAAGCGGGCCUGGCCCUCGGACACCGAGAUCACCGUCAGCCAGGCAUGUGGGGGGGACAUGCCUGCCCUGGAGGGGGCGUCCCGCACCCCGCCCCUGCCACGCCGGCCCCGCAAGGGCAGCGCGGAGCUGGGCUUCCCCCGCGUGGCGCCCGUGGACGAGGUCUUCGUGAACCAGUACGUGAUGCGGGCGCCGGGCCCCACGGCCCCCGGGCCCCCCGCCGGGGAGCCCCUGGAGUGCCCCACCUGCGGGCACACGUACAACGCCGCGCAGCGGCGGCCUCGCGUGCUGUCCUGCCUGCACUCCGUGUGCGAGCAGUGCCUGCAGAUCCUCUACGAGUCCUGCCCCAAGUACAAGUUCAUCUCCUGCCCCACCUGCCGCCGCGAGACUGUGCUCUUCACCGACUACGGCCUGGCCGCGCUGGCCGUCAACACGUCCAUCCUGAGCCGCCUGCCGCCCGAGGCGCUGACCGCCCCGUCCGGCGGCCAGUGGGGGGGUGAGCCCGAGGGCAGCUGCUACCAGACCUUCCGGCAGUACUGCGGGGCCGCCUGCACCUGCCACAUGCGGAACCCGCUGUCCGCCUGCUCCAUCAUGUAGUGCCCGCCCGCCGCCCGCCGCCCCCGCCGCCGCCUGCUUCCGGGACCCGGCCCUGCCCCAUCCCCCCACCCCCCACCCCCCACCGCUUCUGGCCCCCAUCUGUGUGGCAUUGUCGCUGCAACAACUUUGCCAUUAAAACUCUGCCAAAGUU